CUACAUCUUAGGAUUGAGUGUGACAGAAAGAAAGUUAAUAUGAGAGUAACUCUAGGAACAAAAUAAGGAGAGUGGAGCGAGAACUUUGGCGAAAAAUGAGUGAAUAUUACUCUCAUUCAUAGUUACUUUAGAUUUGCUUGCAUGGUUUGAAUUUUCAAAAUAUAUCAUAUAGUGCUUCUAAUUUAUUUUAUUUCAUAUAUACUAUGUUGUCAUCUCAGACAAGCAACAUAUAUUUCAGAUAAAUCUUAUAGAUUUUUCAGUCUUCAGCUACACACUUUUUUCUGCUUAAUUGUGGCCUUGCUUUUUGGAUUAUUAGGUAAUUUUUAAAAUAACCCUUUUAGAUUUUAGUCUCAGAUACUGUUCCGAAUUUUAGGCUUUUUAGAUAUCAAAAUUACAUUAAAAAAAAUUUACUCUCUAAUCUUUCUCUAUAAAUACUCAAAGGGUUUCUGAAUUUUGCUUUAAAGAUUCCAUCUUGAUUCAUUGUCAUUGCAAACAAUUAGGCCAUAGUUGUUGUGUUGUAUCUUUUUUUUUUUUUUUUUUUUUUCUUUCUUGAAUACUUGUGUUUAGUUUUUGAUUUUCUUGAUGGAAGAUGAAUCAAAAAUGUCUCAAGAACAAGAAGAUCAAUCAAGAAACAAUUGUAUCAAUGGUAGAUCUAUUACUAGGAGGCCAAGACAAAGAAAGGUACCUCAAAGAGGUCUUGGUGUAGCACAGCUUGAAAAAAUUCUUGAAGAACAACACAUGAAAGAUGGUGUUGUAAUUUCACCAUCACAAAAUUCUACAUCAUCAUCACAAAAUUCUAUUUCAGCUUAUUUGCCUCCUCCAAUUAAAAAUUAUAAUCACUCAAAAGAUGGUACUAUAAUUUUACCAUCACCAAAUUCUGCAUCAUCAUCUACAUCACCAUCAUCCAUAUCAAACUUUUUACCUCUUCCAAUUACCAAUUUUAAUCUCAUGAACCAAAAUUCUUCUACAAAGCCUUUACCUUUACCAUCAUUAGAUGAGUUUAGAUCUUCAAUUUCAAUGCAACAUUUUAAUGGUAAAGCUCCUAGUACUGUUCCAUUGCCUAAUAGUGGUAUGUUUGGGAAUGUGCCUAAGUUAUGGAACUCUCAUGAGUUAGAUUUUGAGAAGGAAAAUUUUGGUGUUCAACAUGGAUUACCAUUUCUACCAAGUUUUCCUUUUGAAUCAAAUCAAAUUUGGCCUAUGCCUAAUUGGGUCCAAAGACCACCACAGUUUCAUCAUCAACAUUCUUCACAAGUGGUGAGUAACAGCAUAUCAGGAACUUCAUCAACACAUGUGCCUCAACUGUCAAUUGAGCCCCCUUCAAACCAAAACUGUAGUAGCAAUGGUAUGCCGAUGAGGCCGGGGGAGAAGAUGAUGAUUGGCAUGAAAAGGCCAUACCCUUUCUCCAUGGAUUUUCCACAAGCCCCUGCAUUGAAUUAUAGAAUGCCUCACUCUGGUGAAAUAAGUACAAAUGCAAGAACUUCAUAUGAUAGGGGAAGUGGAUUUCAUUUUGAUGCUGGCAGUUCAACUUCCAGAGAAUCCCAAUCUUGUUCAGCAUCAAACUCUGAUCCAAACUCAAAGAGAAGAGAUAAAGGGAUUAAGGAUUUUGAUGCAAGUUUUCUCACUUUGGCUCCACCUACUCCUACUUCAUGUCAACCUUCAAAACCCCUAGCAUUGAACAACCAAGAAUCCCCUGAGGGAAAUAUAGAAGAUCAAUUCCAUGCUCCACCAGGGUACAGAUUCCACCAGCAAAGACAACAUAUGUACAACUUCAUCCCACCAGCAGAGACACAAAAUGGACAAACAUCCAGAACUCAGAAUGGUCAUGAAAUGGGAGAUACUCUUGAUCUCAAUUUGAAGCUAUGAAACUUGAAUAUUCAUCUUUAAUUUUUUAUUUUAUAAGUGAUAUAUAUUCCUAAAUCUUCACAUGUAGAGUUCUUAGUAUGAAAAGGACUAUAAAUCCUUGUCAUGUGUGAAAUAGGAGAACAUGUGUUGAUUU